CUCAGACAGCCCGAUCAGAGAGCAGCCCUGACUCAAGCUGCUCCUUCAUUCGGAGUCGGCAAGUGAUUGCAAUUCCUCCAGCUCUGAACUGCACCAACGGUGAUACGGCCGAGGUUUCCCCUCUCCCAGGUGGCUGGCAAAGCACUCUGAGGCCAGACGGCAUGGCACAGAAGAGGGUUGCAGUUAUUGGAGCUGGCGUUUGUGGACUGAGCUCCAUUAAAUGCUGCUUGGACGAGGGGCUGGAGCCCACCUGCUUCGAGAGAAGCAGCGACAUUGGAGGGCUCUGGAGAUUUGAGGAGAAUCCCGAAGAGGGCAGGGCCAGCAUCUACAAAUCUGUCAUUAUCAACACCUCUAAGGAGAUGAUGUGCUUCAGUGACUUCCCCAUCCCAGCCAAUUUCCCCAACUACAUGCACAACUCCAAAAUCAUGGAGUAUUUGCGCAUGUACGCCGACCACUUCGACCUUCUGAAAUAUAUCCGCUUCAAGACCAUCGUGGUCAGUGUGACAAAACACCCAGAUUUCUCCACCACAGGCCAGUGGGACAUUGUCACAGAGACGGCAGGGGAGCAGGAGUCAGCCAUCUUUGAUGGGGUCAUGGUUUGCACCGGUCAUCACACCAACGCCCAUCUGCCACUGGAUUCCUUCCCAGGGAUCGAAAAGUUCAAAGGCCACUACUUCCACAGCCGGGAUUACAAGAAGCCCCAGGAGUUCUCAAGGAAGAGAAUCAUUGUGAUCGGCAUUGGCAAUUCAGGAACAGACCUGGCAGUAGAGCUCAGCCACACCGCAGAUCAGGGACCCUGUCAGAGACAUCAGGCCUACAGCCCACCCUGGGGGAAUGCUGAAUUGAGAACCCACACCUGCUGUGUUACAGGCGUUACCAUCUGCUAAAACACCCCGCAACCUGAAUGAGCAAGGCCAGCAAGCCUCUGAGUCAAUGUUGCUCCCAACAAAAUGACCAUUGAAUUCCAGUUCUACUGGGGAUGGAACGUCUGCCCUGGACACAGUUCAUACCACCCACCCUCUUUGUGAUCUGCAGGCACUUAAUGGCAACUUGGGAGAAGGCAUAGGCAUUUCCCUACAGAUAUAGGCAUUUGCUCACAAGUAC